GAAAGUUGAGUUUGGGAAUAUGGGGAUUUUGGAGAAUGGCAAAGACAACAAGCCUUUAUCAUUGAAAGUGCUUCAGUUUCUCUUGUUGUUUUUGGGUUUAGGAAUUGCUUUAUCAAUUUUAAGUAUGUGUAUGCUUAGAUUUGCAGAAUUGAAGAAUGUACUCCCUGUGGUUCAAUCGAGAAUAAAUCCAUGUUUUCAACGACAAAAUAGUUUAGAGAAUUGGAUUAGGCCUCUAUCAAACUUGCAUCAUUCAAUGAAUGAUGCUGAGCUUUUCUGGAGAGCUUCAUUUGUUCCUCAAAUGAAAAAAUUGCCUUUUAAGAGAACGCCUAAAAUCGCGUUCUUGUUCUUAACUAGGGGCUCUCUGCCUUUGGCUCCGUUGUGGGAGAGGUUCUUCAAGGGGAAUGAAGAGCUUUAUUCAAUCUACAUUCAUAAUUUGCCAUCUUACAAACCUGAUUUCCCAACUUCAUCUGUGUUUUAUGGCAGGCAAAUUCCUAGUCAGGUGGCAGAGUGGGGGGAUAUUAGCAUCACUGAUGCUGAAAGACGGCUUCUUGCUAAUGCAUUGCUUGAUAUCUCCAACGAAUGGUUUAUAAUCCUAUCAGAGUCGUGCAUUCCUCUCCACAACUUCAGUGUUAUCUAUCGAUACAUAUCAGAAUCCAGGUACAGCUUUGUGAGUGUGUUUGAUGAUCCUAGAUCUGUUGGAAGAGGGCGUUACAAUUGGAAGAUGUCACCUGUGGUUAAAAUCACUCAAUGGCGUAAAGGAUCUCAGUGGUUUGAAGUUAACAGGAAAUUGGCUGUUGACAUUGUUACAGAUGAGGUAUACUACCCCAAAUUUAAACAGUUCUGCAAACCAUCAUGCUAUGUUGAUGAACACUAUUUCCCAACAAUGCUGCACAUCCAAUCCCCUCAUCUCCUGACAAAUACGAGUCUCACUUGGGUAGACUGGCAUAGAGGUGGUGCUCAUCCUGCUACAUUUGGAAAGGCUGAUGUUACAGAUAAGUUUCUCAAGCAACUUUCGGAAGGCCAGAGGACGUGUGUCUACAAUAACCAGACGACUUCAUAUUGUCUCCUUUUUGCUAGAAAAUUUUCUCCUAGUGCAUUAGAUCCUUUAUUAAAACUCUCGUCCAAGUAUCUAGGCUUCUGAAACUCCAUUGCUUUGUGAUCUGAUAUAUUCAAGUAUAAAAAUC